UGUAAAGCGACAUUAAUCCUGCACACGCCAAUGUUGUUAUACAACACAUGUAGUCGCCCAGGAGCAGUUAUUCUUUAACUAUCUGUAUUGACAGAUGGAGGCGUUGCUGAAGCGAGAGCUGGGCACGGUGCUGUUAAAAAGCGCUGGACAUUCAGCUGGAGGAUGCAUCAGUGAGGGCCAAAGCUAUGACACUGAUACUGGACGAGUGUUUGUCAAGAUUAAUCACAAAGAGGAGGCUAGAAGGAUGUUUGAUGGAGAGAUGGCGAGCUUGGAAGCGAUCCUGUCAACAAACACAGUCAAAGUACCCAGGCCUGUGAAGGUUGUGGACCUUGAGAGAGGUGGAUCUGUUUUCAUAAUGGAUCAUGUGGAUAUGAGGAGCUUAAAUAAAUACUCAGCCAAGCUUGGGGAUCAGCUGGCUGAUCUGCACCUUUACAACAAGAGACAGAUAGAGAAAGAAAACAAGGAGCAGCAGACUAUUGGAAAAGGAUCAGGACAGUCUGAAAUUGGUGCAGUAAAUAAGUUUGGGUUUCAUGUGACCACAUGCUGCGGUUAUCUCCCUCAGGUAAAUGACUGGCAGGAUGAUUGGGUGUCUUUUUACUCUCAGCAACGGCUUCAAUGUCAGCUUAGCUUGGUGGAGCAGUCAUAUGGAGACAGAGAAGCCCGGGAACUAUGGACCAAACUCCAACUGAAGAUCCACGAGUUGUUUACAGACCUUGAAGUUGUCCCAGCUCUUCUGCACGGAGACCUCUGGGGAGGAAAUGUGGCUGAAUGUUCCGAUGGUCCCGUCAUCUUUGACCCAGCGUCUUUUUAUGGGCAUUCAGAGUUUGAACUGGCUAUUGCUGGCAUAUUUGGUGGCUUUGGGAGCUCUUUUUACAAUGCUUACCAUGAGAAGAUCCCAAAGACAGCUGGGUUUGCAAAGAGGCAGCAACUGUACCAACUUUUCCACUACCUGAACCAUUGGAAUCACUUUGGUGCUGGAUACAGAGGUUCUUCCUUACGCAUCAUGAAAGAUCUUGCCAAGUAAACAGACUCCAUAAAUGUUUAUGCUAAACUAACCCACAAAUCUAAUUAAACAGUUUGUGCUUGCAACAAACAUUUCCAGUGUGAUGACACAAACAGAGACAAAGGUAUUUGUAUUGAUGAAAAUAUAUUUAACAAAGAAAAGUCAUUGUACUUUCAAAUGGUCAUUGUUAAAAAUAUAACAUUCCUAAUUGUGAAUUGCACUUUAACCUUAAACUGUUAAUGCUUUAAAAAUAACUUGUCGUGACUCAUGGCACUUUGAUUUCAAAUCAGAUGUGUGCAUUAUGUGUCAAUAAAUACCCCAUAACAUUGCUGUUUCAAGGUGCAUGAGUUAAAUAUGUUUCAUGUUGGCAUAAGCCGUAUGGUCGGACGGUAAUUGUUACUCAUGAGGAUGUCAGUAAAAAUAUAUUUGCAUGCCUGCUCCACGAAAAAAACCAUGCAUUCGGAUGAAGACAAAUUCAUGGUGAAUGUGUGAGUUUAUAAUUCAUAACACCUGGAAAUGCGCUGCACGUGUGGUUAAUUAGCAUGACCUGGAUACUUGAUUAUAUGUAUAUUGAAUACUGUUGUGUGAUUGAAUAUUUUAAAAAUUUUGUUUAGCACUUGUUGCUGCUAAUAGACAUUUUUAAACGUUUUCGUGAUUUCGGGUAGAUGUUCAAAAUGCAUGCAAAGAAAUCCACUUUACUUAUGCAGAAUAAACGUGAAGUGCGUGACCAUAUGGUGCUUUUCAGUGGUCAUAAAGGCAGUGCAGGAUAACUUUUGCAUUAAACCUCUUUUUUAAACUCAGAGAUCUGGAUUCGGACGGCAAUUAAAUUUCCACAAAACCUUGGUGUUCAAUAAAAACAAUAGGUAAUUCGGCCAGGGAUUUUAAUGCGGGUGGUCUGAGGAAAACACUGACAUUUUGUAUUCGGAUGGCAAUAACCACUGACAACCCUCUGUAAAUGAUGAAAAAAUACCUUACGUCCCUAUGAGAAACAAUUACCGUCCAAAUAGUGCGGACCAAGCACCCUAUCUACAUACACUGCUUUGUAAAAGUUUAGAGUCACUUGCUCAUUGUUUAUUAAUCAUUUUCCCACAUUUUAUAUACUGAAAUUACUUAAAUGGUAAUGUACUGCAAUGAUGUUGUGACAAAAAGUUAAAUGUACAUAGUUAAAUAUACAUUUAUUUGUAUAGCACUUUUCACAAUACACAUUAUUUCAAUGAUUUGAUUUUUGUAUAUUACAAUGAAGAGUAAUAGGUUAUCAUGUUAUGUCCAUAUUGCAGAGGUGUACAGUUGCAAAUGUAGUAUAAUUAGCAUAGAUGCGUUUCAUAAACAUUUCAAGCUAAAGAUAAUCAUUUGCAUUUGAUCUGAUAUAAUUGCAGUCAGUGAUAUAAGAUGAAUUUUGUGAAUGCUUGGUUAAAGUGAUGUGUCUUUAAACUAGAUUUAAACUUCGACACUAGCUGCGUUUACAGACAAUUGUAAUCAGUUUAAAGGCAGGAUAGGCAGAAAUUAUCUAAAAAAUAUU